AAUAAAUCUCUUAACGGUGAUUUUCGUGUUUUCUGUUAACAUCUUAUUAUACUUAAUUUAUACAUUUUCUAAUUCAUAAGGCCAUAAAGACAAACUAUUUUGUUAUGUAACUAUGUUCAAUCAUAUUAUAAUUGAUUGCUAAGUAAAUUUACGAGUGUCAAAAUUCUUUAAAGAUUACUGAAUAUUGUGUCCAAAAUUAUGGAAUCUCCAAAAUUACUAAAAAAAGAAGACUCUUUUUUUUCUUUACCAGAUGAAAUGAUGGUAUACUUAUUAUGCCUUGUUGAUGUGGAUACACUUCUAAACUGUAGACUUGUUAAUUCUGAAUGGAGGUAUUUAAUAGAUACCUAUGUAUUCCAAGAAAAAGCAUCAAAAGAAAAUCAAUUUGUGAAUGAUGGUAAAGGAUUUUAUAGUUUUUCAAGUAUUGGCUCAAAUUGUGUAAACAAAUUAGAUUUGCCUUGGUAUGUGUUUUAUGUAAUUUGCAAGUAUGAUCCAUUUGAUAGAAAUCUAAUUAAGAAUCAUUGUGGUCAAAAUGAUUAUGAUCAUUGGAGUGUCCCUAAUAAGCAUAAAUGGUGGGCUAUUGAAACUACCCCUCAAGGUGCACCAAUGCUACCAAAUAAUCCAGAUUUUGCUGGUUAUUCUAGUUGUUUUGUAUCAACAUAUCGUCUAUGUACUAAAAAGCAAAAAAUUAAUUUCAAAGAUUAUGGCUUAACACGACAUUUAAUGGAAAAUAUUGUACCAAAAAUUGUAGUAAGUGAAUGGUUUUCUGGUCGUUUUGAUUGUGGUUGUAAAUAUUCAUUUAAAGUAACUGUUCAUGAUAAUAAUGGUAAAUUAUUAGAACAACAUAACUAUGAUAAAAUUUUAAAUCAAUGGGAAGCAGAUCAAUGGACAAAGGUUUCACAUACUUUUGAUAAUUCAAGUAAUGUUUCCAGUGUUGUUCUUUUUCAUUCUGGAGUUGACACACAAUUUUGGGCUGGUUUUUAUGGCACAAAAAUAACAGGAUCUGUUGUUAAAAUAAUGUUACCUUUAAAGUUUAAACUAGUUGAAUGAUUAUUUAUCCUACUUAAUAUAUAAUAACUUUUAUUUCAUAAUAUUUAUUACAUGUUGAAAAGAUGUUUACUCAUCAAUUACGUCAUUUAUAAAUUAAUUAUGUUAAAAAUCAUAUUUUAUAUUAUUGAGGUCAUAAAUAACUUAUAAUUAUUGACCCUUUAAUUGUAGUACAAGUGUAAAAGCAAUAUUUUCUAUUAAAUGAUUUUUAUACUUGUUAGUAAUACUGAUUAUAUACUAUGUUUAUUUCAUUACACUAUACAUUUAUUGUACAAAAAUAUAUAUUUUUGUUUUAUUUUAAAUAUAAGGAAAAAUGCAUACAAAAUUUUUGAAAAUUGUAUGUGAUACAACUUAGUCUUGGUAUAUUUAUUUUUAAAUGUGCCAUAUUAAUUGAGGUUCUAAGAUUGUUUGUGGUUUCAGUAUAGAUUGUGUUUAUCCAAAAUUGUUAAACAUUUUAGUUUUCAGUAGAUGAAUUUAGUUCAUAAAAUUCAUCAUAAUUUGUUAACAUUUAUUUAUAUUUUUAUCUGUAAAAUUGUAAGUGGAGAAAAAAAAUUCAAUAAAUUAUAUACUAGUGAAUCUUUAAUAUAAAAUCACUAGCUUUGUAUUGAAAUAUUGCUACCCCUACUGGCAAA